AUGGAGCCGUCACGUGCGAUCAGCGCCGCUCUCGCGCUCCUGCUGCCGCUCGUGUGCGCCUCCGCCGGGGCCGCGCAGCAGGGCGCCAAGCCGGCCGCGCACUAUUACAUAGCGGCGGUGGAGAUCGGCUGGGACUAUAUCUACCUGGACGAGGCUGACCCGACCGCGGACCAGAGGAGAACCAAAGAUAUCCCUCAGAAAUACAUCAAGGCGGUUUACAGAGAGUACACAGACUCCACAUACACUUCUCCCAAGGAGAGAGCUGCGUGGACAGGUAUUCAGGGUCCAGUGAUCGCUGCCCAGGCCGGCGACAAAGUCGUGAUCCACUUCAAAAAUCUGGCCUCCCAGCCGUACAGCAUCAGCCCGGUGGGAAUCACCUACUCCAAGCAUUCUGAAGGCGUUGGGUACGAUGACUCCACGGCAGGUCAGGAGAAGGAGGAUGACGCCGUCUCUCCUGGAGGAUACUAUGAGUACGUGUGGGACAUCAAUCACGAGGACGGCCCCACCGCCAGUGACCCCGACUGCCUGACCUACACCUACUCAUCCCAGGUGGACCCAGUCCGAGACCUCAACUCGGGACUCAUCGGUGCCUUGCUCAUCUGUAAAUCAGGCGUCCUCACGGACAGCCGGCAGAGGAAAUCUCCGGCGUUCGUCCUGCUGUUCGCCGUGUUUGACGAGACCAAGAGCUGGUACGGAGAGGUCGGAGAGAGGGUGAGCAGGGAGAGAUUCAAGAGGACGAAGGGCAGGAAGGAGUACCACACCAUCAACGGAUACGUCAACUCCACGCUCCCAGGUUUAACCAUGUGUCAAGGUCGCAGCCCCGUGUUUUGGCACCUGAUCGGGGUGGGAACAGCUCCAGAAAUUCACUCCAUUCGGUUUCAGGAUCACUCUUUACAGGUUUUGACUCAUCGCAAACUCACCAUAGAGGUGACGCCUUUGACCCUCAUCACUGCAGAAAUGAGACCGUACACGACAGGCCGCUUUCCCAUCAGCUGUCAGAUCAAUGCUCACCAACAUGAUGGCAUGGAGGCGACGUUCACAGUGGAGAAAUGCCCCGAAAAAGUUGCUCCGCCAGUCCCCGACGUACGCAAGGUCAAACACAAGCACAUCAAAGAGGAGGAGGAGGAGGACGACUACUAUGACGACAUGUUCAACACCAUCAGCAUUCAGCCCAAAAAGCCAGCGUUUCAGGCCAGAAGCAGCAGAGGACAGCAGUCCCAAACCUGGGUGCAUUACAUCGCUGCUGAAGAAAUCACCUGGGAUUACACCCCUCACCUCUCAACCGCUGACAGUGAGAUGCAGUCCAGAUAUUUGCUGCCAGCGCCUCAUCAUUUAGGCUACACCUAUAAGAAAGUGGCAUAUGUGGAGUACACGGAUGAAUCGUUCACUCAGAGGAAGAACCCCGGCGCAGCGCUGCUGGGUCCACUGCUGAAGGGAAAAGUCAACGAUCAGUUUCAUAUCACAUUUAGAAACAUGGCCAGCCGACCUUUCAACAUAUACCCCAAUGGUCUCAGCAAGAUCUAUCCGCUGCAGAGAUCCACCAAUGAGGCAGAAAAGGACUUGCGAUCAAUGGAAGUUCCCCCUAAUGGGACGUUUGGCUACGUCUGGAGGCUGACAACAGACGACGGGCCCCUGGAGGGCGACCCCACAUGUCUGACCCAUUUGUAUCAGAGCACCAUCUCCCCGGAGCGGGACCUGGCCUCCGGGCUGGUGGGCACCCUGCUCAUCUGCAGGCACGACGCCAUCGACGUCAGAGGAAAACUGUUGGGGCCCGAUAAGAAGCUGAGUCUGAUAUUUGCCGUGUUCGAUGAGAACAAAAGCUGGUACUUCAACGAGAACAUGCAGCGGUCCCGUGAGAACUCGUCCUCCACCACAGACCCCGAAUUCUACGACUCCAACGUCAUUUACAGUGUGAACGGCAUCAUGUUCAGCAGGCGUCAGUUUGUCAUGUGCAAGUCCGACGUCCUCUUCUGGCAUGUGGUCAGCGUGGGCACGCAGAGCGACUUCCUCUCCGUUUACUUCCCUGGGAACCUGUUCCAGUACGACGGCCUCUACCGGUCGGUCCUCACCCUCUUCCCCAUGACCGGCGUGACUGUUCCCAUGGAGAUGGAGCUGAUCGGUGAGUGGGAGAUCAGCGCCUUUGACAGCAGCCUGAAGAAUCGAGGAAUGAGCAUCCGGUACACUGUUCGUCCCUGCAACAGCGGAGAACUCCCCCUGGUUGAUCACGACGAGAACGAAGACCUCUCCGACUACCUGGACGGACCGGAAUUCCAGGCGAGGGGCUUCGGGCCCCAGAACGGCACCGUGUUGGUCAAAGUGUGCAAGAAAGUCCUCGGCGGCAACGUCACGCGGCCGGUCAACUCCUCUGGCCUGAACGUCACGGAAGAGCAAACGGAGGUGUGUCAGCUGAAGAGAGUGGUGGUACCCAGCGUGAAUGCCUCCGACGAGGGAAUCCCCCUGGACAUCCUGGAGGAGCUGGAGACGGACCGGGAGCAGAGGGCACCUCAGAAUCAGAGCGAAGCCGAAGAACACAACAGCGUGAGGCAGAGGAGACACGCAGAGGGAAACUGGACGGAGGAAGACGAAGACGUGUCGUCCGGGGCAUUCGAAGGAGGAGAAACUACCGUGAAGAUCGAAGGAGAAGAUGCAGCCAACUUGACUGAUGCAGACGUGGAGGAGGUGAAGGCCGAGGAGCAGAGUGAACCGCAGAGCGAAAAGAACGAGACGACAGGAGGACACAGGGACGGCAAUGAGAUUUUAUCACACAGAGAAUCACAGGAAGACGAGAGGAUCUCAGCUUUGGAAUUAGCUGGCUCGGAGGACAUGCAUGAAAACUCAGUAACACAAAACUACGUUCAGUCCAAACUGGAUCCACUAACAGAUUAUCUUCUGGAUCUGGAGUACAACUUAACUUCUACGGUGGACAACACAACGCUGGACCUGUCCCUGGAGUACGAUGACUACAGUGAGGAGGAGAAUAGCACAUCAGACCUUUUCGCGACAGAUUACCUGGACAUGCGCUCUGGAGAGAUCAGACCUCGCCACUACUACAUCGCAGCAGAGGAGAUCAUCUGGGACUACGGCAUCAGAACUCCACCGCAACUCAUCAAAGCCAAUGAAAUGCGUCGAGGGAUGAGAAAAUUCCUGCCCGAGUACAAGAAGGUGGUGUUUCGAGCGUACCGGGACAAAGAAUUCCUGCGUCCUGUAGGCAGAGGGGAGCUGGAGGAGCACCUGGGAAUCAUGGGACCUGUCAUCAGAACCGAGAUCAACGACCUGCUAACGGUGACCUUUAAGAACAAGGCCUUGAGGCCGUACUCCUUCCACCUUCAGGGAGUGUACGACCGAAGCCCGGAGACCAGCUUCAUCCAGGCGAGCUCGUCCUCUGCCUCGCCCGGGGUCUCGGGAGAACCCGUGCCCCCCGGAGAAACCCGCACCUACAACUGGAGAGUCACCUGGAAACAGGGACCCACCGAGUCUGAAUUCGACUGCAAGACCGGGGCCUACUACUCCACCGUGGACAAGGACAGAGACCUUAACUCUGGACUGAUCGGUCCUCUGGUGAUCUGUAAGUCUGGGACCUUGCAGACUCACCUGAACACGCAGAUCGGCAUCCAGGAGUUUUCCCUGCUCUUCCACACCUUUGAUGAAACCAAGAGCUGGUACAUGGAGGAGAACCUGCAGCGGUACUGCGCCCCGCCCUGCCAGGCCAACACCGCCGACCCCUGGUACCACACCAGCAACACGUUCGCAGCAAUAAACGGGUACGUGGCGGAGACCCUCCCCGGUCUGGUGAUGGCUCAGCGCCAGCCGGUCCGCUGGCACCUUCUGAACGUGGGAAGCGACAGAGAAUACCACGCUGUGCACUUCCACGGUCUACCUUUCACCGUUCACGCCAAAGAGGAGCAUCGAAUGGGCGUUUACAACCUCUUUCCUGGUGUGUUUGGCACAGUGGAGAUGAACCCCCCCACGGUGGGCACGUGGCUGGUGGAGUGCACCGUGGGAGACUACCAGCUCGCUGGCAUGAGAGCCAAGCUGCUGGUCUACAAUCCACAAUGUGCCUCGCCGCUGGGAAUGAAAUCAGGAAGGAUUGAGGAUUACCAGAUCACAGCGUCAGAUCACAUCGAUUACUGGGAGCCAAGGCUGGCGAGGCUGGACCAAUCCGGUUACAUCAAUGCCUGGAUGGGCAGAAGCAAGAAGUCGUGGUUACAGGUUGACCUUCAGAAGCCCACCCUGCUGCACGGGGUCCAGACUCAGGGAGUCAGAUCGAGGCUGCGGGGCCACUAUAUCACCUUCUUCAGUGUGUCGUACAGCCUGGACCAGGAGACCUGGACCACCUACAGAGGAAACAGCAGCGGGAAGCGCUACAACUUCCAUGGAAAUCUGGACAGCUCCAAGGUGAAAGAGAACCGCUUCUCCCCGCCAUUCGUGGCUCGCUACAUCAGGAUUCAGCCCAACGGCUACGAGAACAAGCCCGCCCUGCGCCUGGAGCUGCUGGGCUGCGACGUCAACAGCUGUUCGCUCCCCCUCGGACGCCAGAUGAGGCUGAUCAACGACAGCAGCUUCACUGCCUCCUCUACUUAUUCCAGCAUGCUGCUGAGCUGGGGCGCCAAUCUCGCUCAGCUCCACAAAAAAGGCAGAGCCAACGCCUGGAGACCAAAGACCAACAACCCUCACGAGUGGCUGCAGGUGGACCUGUGGGCGGUCAGGCGCAUCACAGGGGUCAUCACGCAGGGCGCGCAGUCCCUGCUGACCAAGCUGAUGGUGACCGAGUUCUCCGUCACCGUCAGCCGCGACGGAGAGUCCUGGAGCAGCGUGCUGGAGGAGCGAUCCCAGAGAGAGAAGAUCUUCAGGGGAAACAACAAUCUAGACGAUGAAAACGAAGAAGCCCUGACCGUGUUCGAGCCGCCGCUCUUCGGCCGCUUCCUCCGCAUCCACCCGCGGGGCUGGAUCAACGGGAUCGCCCUGCGCCUGGAGGUGCUGGGCUGCGACGCGCAGUAGACGGCGUGACCCCGCCGCGCACGGCCGCCGCCGCAGCUUUCACUUCCAGAGGCAGUUUGAGUUUACAGGACGUUGGUUUUACUUUGACAUGUAAGGAACAGAUUUAAUUGUUAUGAAGAGCAGCACUUGUUAAGUUAUAUGAAAAGCAGUCAGAAGCUAUUUGUUUUUUUUCUGUAGCCACAAAUUUUAUUACAUUUUCAUCAAUGAGAGAUUUGAAUGUUGAAAUUCACUUUGUUCUUUAGGAUACUUUAAAUUAAAUGCAAAUUGUCAUUGAAGAAAAUGUAGUUUCAGUUCAGUUUUCAACACAUCAGUGUAACUACAGAGGAAGCCCUUUGAAUGUAAGCAUGUGUAAAUAUUUCAGACCCAGAUGGAUGUAUACUGUUUACUGGUUGUUAUGUAUAUUUAUGUUCUUUUUGGAGUAUCUA